AUGAGUUUCUCUAUAUAUGAAUUGGAUGAGAAUAUCAAGAAACUAUUAACAAUUGAUGAUUUUCUUUGUGGAAAGUCAGUUAAUGAGUUCAUUGAAGAGAUCAGUAAGGAUCAUUUCCUUAAAGGGGCCGAAGUCAACAACAAAGCAUAUCUUGAUCCUAAGCCGUACAUCAGAACUUUUGAGAGUACAUUACGAGAAUUGAAACAAUUACAGAUUGAUGCGAAUGAUGAAAGAGUUAAGAACGAAAGACUGGUUGAUUCAUAUGAAUUGAAACAUUCCGAGAAUGUUUUGGAGUUGAAUAAUGAAAUAGAUCAAGCAACCGAGAAAUUCGAUUUGUUGGAUAAUCAGAUCCUGGAUGUGUCUAGUAAAAUUAAUCCAUUGGGGAACACAUUAAGUAAGAUUACUAAUUCACGAGAUAGAUCAUUGGAAACAAUUUUCUUGAUUAGAGCAUAUCAUGGAUUUUUUACCAAAGAACAAUAUUUGCCAUUGGAAACAUUAAGAACAAGUAGAAACAUGGAAGAUAAACUAAAGUGUGCAAAGACUGUAAGAAAUUUGAUAAACUUGUCAAAAAAAGUUGCGGAAGAGAAGCUGCCCAAGUCAAUGAAGUGCAUUACUACUAUUGAACAAUUUGGAGACACAAUGGAGAAAGAAUUAUUAAGAAAGUUUGAAAUUGCAUCAGAAGAUGAGAAUGAUAUAGAUUUUGAAAUGAUGAAUGAAAUUGCCCAAAUAUUGUUUGAGUACAAUGAAGGAAUAAAUGUCAUCCAGACUUUUGUUAUAAAAAAUGAUAUCGUACUCCAGGAAGAAGAACAAACAUUGGACGAAACUGAAUGGAAACUCUUAUCUGAUCCUAAUAAUGGGAAUUUUAAACUUGAUGUACAAGAGACUUUUGAUAAUUUAAAAUUUGAAAUCAAAUCGAGGGCCAGAAUUAGUAGAAAAGUUUUUGCUGAUCCAAUUCCAGUGAUAAAGAUUUUCAUACAAAGAAUUUAUGCUCAGAUUAUUAGAAACAAAGUGACUGUUUUAUUGCAGAAAUCCUUGACGGUCAGUUUCUUGGCUCACGUUAGAGUAUUGCAUAGCUUAUCAACAAUAGUUGGUGAUUUUACUUCCGAAAUUAAAGACUUUUUAACCACAGAAGAGUUUGACAAAGAUCAAGAUCUUGCUGCCAUCCUUGACCAAUCUUAUUCUGACUUGUUCAUUGAAUACACUGGUGACAAUGUUUAUUUCAGUCGUGAAAAGAAAAACCUUGAAGAAGUUGUUUAUGGAAUUGUGCACCAGUUUAAUACUGCAAAUGAAAGCGUAAUAACGAACAGAAGUUUGGCCAUUAGGUUGGAAAACAUGGAUAAUAUGGAGUACACUACACAAAAGCCAGAGAAUGAUCGAUUUAGUUUUGCUUCUGAACGAAAGAGAAUGAAUCAGUUUAAAGAGUACGUGACUGCCAAGCUUAAGGAGCGUUCUGGAUCAAGAAGUUCAGACUCUGAACUCGUUAUGAAUGAAUUCAGAUCACUUGACGUUGCUCACGUGGAGACCGUUUUGAAAAGUGUUAUUGAAUCGGUUGCGAGAUUAGAGUUGGUCAGCAAUAGUAAAGCACCUGAAUGUGCAUUGGAAAUCUUGGAAAUAUUAAUAAUUGAUUUUGGUAAACUUUACAUUGGUGGUGGACUAGAGGUUGUUUAUGAUGAAUCCAAAAGGAUUAGCAACUUGGAUUAUUUGAGUUCAUUUAGCACGAUUAGUGAGUUGUUGUUUUUAAUGUCUUCGUGUAUCAAAAGAAUUAUAUUACCAAUAGCAAGAAACACACCAAGUAUUAAAACCAGAAUGAGUAAUUUGGUCAACGGCUUUGUUGCUCAAUGUGAAACAUCAUUGAAUAUCAUUCUCAAGGAUACGUUGGAACAAUUUAAAAACAAAUUACAAGCAUUGUUAAGUAAGCAAAAGAAGAAAGAUUUUAAUUGUAGCAACAUUGAAGAAGAUACUGAAGCUUGUGAACUAGUAAGUAAUUUCCUUGUCGAAGUACAUGCCAAUAUACUGAAAGCGAUGAAUGGUGCCAAUCUAGAAAAAAUAUUAAUAAAAAUUGGUAUGGAAGUUUUGCACCAAUUGUUGGAACAUUACAAGAAAUUCACUGUCAAUUCAAUUGGUGGGAUUGUAUUGACAAAGGAUGUAUUGCGUUACCAGAGUGUUAUUGAUGAAUGGAAUAUCCCUGAGUUAUCUGAACAAUUCCAGAUUUUGAAAGAAAUUGGUAACUUGUUUACAGUACAGGCUGACUUGGUUAACUCCUUAGUCACAGAGGGACAAUUAGCUCAAAUGAAACCUUACAACGUUCGUCAAUACAUCAGCAAAAGAGAUGAUUUCAAUCCAAGUUAUGCAGAUAGAUUUUUCAAGUUUAAAUAG